AUAAUUUUUAAUUUUAGAUUAAUUUAGCAAAUAGAGUAUCCACAAGUCGUGAUUUAACGCCCUUGUCAACAAGUCGGGCUCUAUUUUUACCAUCAUCAAAUUGUACAUUUUUAAAAGAACGCCCAAUGAGUGCUGUUCCAGAAUUGCAUGCGUAUAAAACAAAAGAUGAAAAUCGAUUUGUUAAAAUUAAUAAUACGUUAAGACCACAAUCAGCUGAUAAUAUUUCAUCGGGUAAACAAAAAAAUGCAGGUGCCCUAGACUUUUUUGAAUGUGGCCCACACUCAAAAUUAAAUUCAACAAAACUGUUAAAUAAAUUAAUGAAAGAACCAGUAAUGCGAUCAUGGCAUGUUACUGUCACUUCUCAAGAUACAUCACGUACAAGUUUAUCAGAUUCAACGAUUGACGAAGAAGUUAUUGAAAAUUCCGAUGACACCACCGAAACAAAUGAAGAAGAAGACGAAUGUAUACAAUCUGAAAUGAGUUUCGGUACAAAAAUACAAAAUUUGGCGCAAAGAAAUAGUUCAAUGAAUCUAGAACCAGGUAUUAAACAUAAACCACCUUUACCACAAAAUAAACAUCGAUCGUUAUCUCCCAAAAAGGCCGAUUCUUCUCCACCACCUGGUGUUUCGAUGUCAAAGGAAUACCAAGAAAAAUAUCAUUCGAAAUCUACACCUAAAGAAUGGGAUAAUUUUAUCACAUCUACCAUUGAAGAGGAAACAUCAAGCGAGAAAAUUGAUUUUUCUAAACAAAAAGAGAUGUGUGAUAAUGUCGGUACAUCCUCAAUUGAAUCAAAAAUUGAUAUGUUCUUUCAAUUAAGUGGUAACGAUACUAAAAUUAAAGAAAUUGAAAUAUUCGAACAAGAAACGGAUUAUUUAUUUAAAAAAUUACGUUCGCAUCAAAAAGCCUUUACCGAAUAUUACGAAAUUAGUAAAAAAUUACCAGAAAUUAUCGAAAAUGAAGUUGUUGCGUCUGCAAAUUUAGAUAUAAAUCCAGAUAGCAGUUCACAUUGUGAUCCCAAUGAAACUGAUGAUUUAGAUAAUCAAAUGAACAAUCAAAAGAAAGGAGAUGAAAUGCAAAUUGAUAAUAUUACAAAGAAAACAAGUAAAGAAAAUUUACAAUUUUCACUAGAUAUGUAUGAUAAAGGUUUGCAAAAGGACAAAGAAUUUUUAUUGAAUUCAUCAUCAAAAUUGGAUGAUACUGGUGAUAGUAAAAUGAAUGAUAAUGCUGAUAAUGGUGUAUUUGAGACGAAAAAUAAUGAACACAAAGUAUCUGAUUUAAUGGAAAGGACAUCAGAAUUGUCUGAGAUGCCUGAAAGAGAUUUUUCUACUAAAAAAAAGAAAGCUGAGAGUGUCCAAAGUAUGUUAUCCACAUUGCCAAGUACAUAUAACGAUAUAUCAACAAUAUUACAAAUUUUGGAAAAUGAUAAUAAUAAUAAUAGCCAUAAUAAUAAUUCAAACUUAAACACGCCACGUGAGUGCGGUAGUAAAUUAUGGAUAUCAGAAAAACAAGACCAAAAUAAUGAUCAACGAAAUAUGACAAUGGAUAUGCCGAUCAAAGAACUAUCAAAUAAUUUGAGAAUAACACCAAGCAAAAAUUAUAACGAAAUUCUUACAUUUCUGGAUGAAGUUGAUAAGAGUUGUAGUGUUAUUUUGAAUGCUGCCAAAAUUCGAGCAUAUAGUGUUCAAAAGAGUACAGAAAAAUUGAUAAAUGGAGCUUUACCAAACAUGGAAGCUUUAUUACAAAUGAAUCGAGUAGACUUAGCACAAAAGUUAAUUGGAUUAUAUUUGGAACUUGAAGAGAAAACUUCAUCUGUGCACUUGUUGCAAGAAACUUUAAAUGAACAACGCCAAAGUACAAACAAAAUGUUAAAAAGUUGGGAAAGUGAAAAUUGCAAAAAAUUAAAAUCACAAAAGAGCGAAUACGAAACAGCUAUUAAGCGUCAUCAAACGUUUAUUGAUCAGUUAAUAAACGAAAAAAAAUCAUUGACUGAACAAUGUGAAAAUUUAAUCAAACAGUUAAAGCAACAAGACGAACGUCAUGCUUCGGCAAUGAAAGCCGCUGAACACCGUUUUAAUGUAGAGCUGCAAGCAUCAAAAGAACGCCAAGCAAUUGCUGAGAAAUUACGUCGAGAAAAAUGGUUGCUUGGAAAAACUGAAAAAAUUAAAGAAAUGACUGUAAAAGGAUUGGAACCAGAAUUACACAACAUGAAAGUACGACAUGAACAAGAAAUCUCUGACAUUCGUACAUUACAUAAACAAGAAAUUGAAGAAUUGGAGCUACGUGCAUCACGUCGUACUCAUCAACAAUGUGAAGCAUUGCGUGAGCAAUUGAAAUCAGAAUACGACGAUGUAUUGCAAAGAGAGCGUGAAGCACUUAAUCAAAAAGUCCAAAAAACAAUUGAAAAUGAAGAAAAAAAUUAUCAAGAAGAACGGCGUCGACUAGUAUCCGAACAAGAACGUUUAAAGCAACAUUUACAAGAAGAAUACGCCAGUAAAUCACGUGAAUUUGAUACCCGUCUCGAAACUGCCAUCAAAGAGAAAGAACGUGCUUUUGAAGCGAUUAAAUCAGGCUACGAGGAUCAUAUUGAUACAAUGAUACGAAAACAUAAGAACGAAUUAAAAACAUUAAAAGAAAAUUAUGAUAUUGAACAAGAAACAUGGAAAGCUAAUAUCCGUAAAGAACAAGAACAAUGGAAAUUAACCAAAGAGAAAGAAAUUAUGGCCAUGUGUAAAAAAGAACGUGAUCAUGAAAUUGAGCUUGUAAUUGAACGUUUAGAAAAUGAGUCAAUCGAACUGAAAAAGCAAAUUGAAACCACAGCUGAGAAUCGUAUUAAACGUUUAAAUGAGAAAUAUUUAAAUGAAAUUAAAUAUUUAGAAGAAUCAGAAAAACAAGCUCAAAUGCGUUAUUUAGAUGCGAAAAAUAAAUUAGUAAACAAUGAAAAUGAUUUAAUUUAUUUGCGUGGAGUUAUUAAGAAAAUGGAAAAUAAAUUACAUGAAUUAGAGGAGGAAAAUUCUCAACUAUUAAAAGAACGAGGUCACGUACAAGAAGUGAUUCGCAAAGAGCUAGAAUCGGAAAUGAAAUCAUUGCAGACACAGUUAUUUAAUUUACGUUCCGAGCGUGAACGAGAAAUGGAAGAAGUUUAUGAAAGGGUAAAGUCAGUGAUAUCAAAGAAAGACGGAACAAUUGCCAAAAUGAAACAAGAAUACACUCUAUUGGAAGAAAAAUGUGAACAUUUAGAUCAAUUAUUAAAAAAUCAACGAAAAACUUAUUUAUUAGAAGCUAAAUAAUUAUACUCACAUAACUUUGCAUAUUUUCACGGCUACUACAAAAACAAACAUGUGUAUUUGUGAGGGACUUAGCAAUAAUAUCGCGUAGAUAUACAUGGAAAAUUUGUUACAUAACUACAUUUAAGGUGCUAUAUAAUAGCUGCAAAACAUUCACAUGUAAACAUGUACGUAGUUCAAGCAAUGUUUGUGAAAAUUUAAAGAUAUCGAUUUCAGAUAGAAAGGUUCUAUAAAAAAUCAAUAUUUUCAUGGAUUGAAUGGUUUCUAAAAUAUCAUUUGUGAUAGUUUAGAAUUAUUUUAAGUAUAUCCAAAGUUAUGUGAUAUAA